CAGGUUGGCGUUGAGCUACGCUUACCGUUGUGCUAAACAAGGACAAAUUUGUACGUGGAAACCUAACAAGUCGGAAUGCAUUCUAUCAUAUGCAAAUCCAGAAGCAGAGGAAAUAUCUAUUCAAGAUUUUACUUUGGAUGGGUCAUCUCCGCUACAGAUGCCAAUAGAUUACGCACCAAGAAUAGGCCUUCAUCUGCAAAACGUAACCAUCAUAAACUCAACGCCCCAUACUUUCGAACUGCUUGAACCCAACGUCGUUGAGAUGCAUCUGACAAACUGUACAGCGUCAAAAGUAUUCUUGAAUCCCUUCGUGAGCGAAUUGGUGAUUGAGGAUAGCAAUGUUUCUGAGGUUAUUCCGCACAGUAUGAACCAGGACGAGAUUUUUAGCCUUGAGGAAAUACAUUGCUACGGAACUCAGAUUUCUUCUAUUCCAUGUAACAUAAGCAGACUGAUUAAGCUACAGAGAAUAAUAUUUAUACAAGCGCAACUUAAGACAAUGGAUUUUUCUAUGAUGAACAACCUGAAUGAUCUAAGACAAAUUUUAUUUGACGAUUGUUCCAUCGUAGAAGUGAUGAGCAACGAAACGGUAGAAUUACCGAAGCUUGUUGAUUUGAACUUAUCCAAUAAUCAAAUUUCACACAUCGAUACGAAAAGAUGGAACACACCCAACCUUCGACACCUUACUCUGGAUAACAACCAACUGAGUCAGUUUCCUUAUGUGAAACAUUUCCCCCAAUUGAUUUCCAUUAAUCUUAACUUCAAUCGUAUUUCAAGCAUCAAUAUGGAAGAUGUGUCCGAUAUGAAUCAUUUGGUGUUGCUGUUUCUACAGAGCAACCAGAUAGUACAGCUGGAAGCGUUUCAACCGAUUCGACUUCCAAGGCUUGCAAGUAUUCGGAUUGACCAGAAUCAGCUUCAGCAUCUAGACAUCAGCAAGUGGGAUAUGAGUAGUUUGACUUUAUUCUACGUCAAUGACAACCAACUGGACAGGAUUGUAGGCUUCGAAGUACUUGCUGAUAGUUUGUUGGAAUUCAACGGCACCAACAACCCAUGGAAUUGUGUUUGGGCACUCUCCAACAUGGGUAACUUUUAUGGGAGUAUUCGAAUGGAGUGGGCGAAAUAUUGUUAG